GGAGUACGGACAAAAAAAUUAUAUCUCGAAAAUUAAAGUUGAGAUAAAUUGUUUUGGGAAAUAAAGAUUUUUUUUAUUUUAUAACGAAAAAAAUCCUAGCAAUUGGCAUAGCACAAAACUUUCUAGAAGCUUCGGAACCCAAGAGCAGACUGCAGGCAUCAGCUUAGAUCGCACAUUCUCACAGUGACAGGCAAGAAGCUCGGUGAGGUUCUACAAUGCCGCCCGUUGCUCCUCGAUCCGGCGACUCCAUAUUCGCUAACCUCGAGCACAUGAACGCGGAGCUAUUUACACUGACAUAUGGUGCGAUCGUGCGUCAAUUGAUUACCGAUCUGGAAGAGGUUGACGAGGUUAACAAGCAGCUUGAUCAAAUGGGCUAUAACAUUGGGGUGCGUUUAAUUGAUGAGUUCUUAGCCAAAUCUAACAUAUCAAGAUGCGUUGAUUUCAAAGAGACUGCUGAAGUGAUUGCUAAGGUAUCCUAGUGCUUGAUAUCUAGAAUUUUGAUCCUUAUUCGUCCUUAAAACUAAACCUGACAUCUGUAAUCUUAUGUCAUUUACUUGAUUCGCGGUAGUUUCAUAUUGUCACGCUUUCCUUUCAAGAAUUUGAUGGUUACUGGGAUCAUGGUUGUGUCGUUUAUAUUCUCUUUGUUUAUUAUCUGAAGUAAGUUUAUUAUAUGAAGUCUUGAAAGUUUUGU